UUUCCACUUCGCCGAGACUUUUCACAGACUCUCUCUCUCUCUCUCUCUCUCUCUCUCUACCAUUUUCUUCCUUCAAUCCGAGAAACUGAGCUCCAAUAUUUGAUCUGAAAAUGGGAAGGCAGCCCUGCUGUGACAAGGUUGGACUGAAGAAAGGCCCUUGGACUGCUGAUGAAGACAAGAAGCUGAUCAAUUUCCUCCUCAACAAUGGCCAAUGUUGCUGGAGGACUGUCCCUAAGCUCGCAGGGCUUUUGAGGUGUGGCAAAAGUUGCAGGCUGAGAUGGACUAACUAUCUCAGACCAGACCUGAAGAGAGGUCUUCUUUCUGAUUAUGAAGAAAAAAUGGUGAUUGAUCUCCACGCCCAACUUGGCAACAGAUGGUCUAAGAUUGCGUCUCAUCUUCCUGGAAGAACUGAUAAUGAGAUCAAGAACCAUUGGAACACGCACAUCAAGAAGAAGCUCAAGAAAAUGGGGAUUGAUCCUGUCACUCACAAGCCUCUCGUCUCUGACCAAGUCCAGAAUCCGCCAUCGCAGAUUAAUCAAAUACAGAUACAGCAGCAACGGCCUCUGGCAGCUAGCCUCAAGAUUGAUCGGAAUCGAGAGCUAAAGAAGGCAGACACAUCGUAUGAGUCAUCGUCGACCUUGACUGAAUCGAAAGAGGAGGACAAGAUUGAAACUCCACCAUGUGACGACAUCAUGAUGAACAGUUUCUGUACUGAUGAGGUUCCAUUAAUCGAACCUGAUGAGAUUCUCAUGCUCUCUGAUCCCACCCCUUCAUCUUCAUCUUCUUCUUCUUCUUCCAAUUCUUCUAACUUCCUCGGAAACCUGGACCUCUCAGAAUUCGAGUGGGCUUGUAAUUACAUUGACUACAACAACAACAUUGACAUGAAAAGCAACGAUAGUAGCAACAGUAUGGAAUUGUGGGAUGAUGAUUUUAUGAGCAGUUUGGAUUUUCUUCUGAACGAUAACGAGGAUGUUGACAGAAAGAUCACAGAUUUUGAUUCUGCUCUCAAACAAUGUCCGAGCAGGGCCACGGAUCAAGAAUCUUGGGCAUAUGGGUUGUUUUGAUUGGACUCUUCCUUUUACUCAUAAUAUAGGCUUACUUGUAUUGUUUUGUUUGCAAGUUGUUAUGAAGAAUAAAACGUCGUUACCAUAAAUCAACAAAAAAUUAAAAAAAUAAAUAAGUUAUCAGUCAGUGAGGAGAACUCUGGCUUGAGAUUAUCCAUUUUAUGGCAGAAAAAUCAUAUUUGUAAAUGAUUAUGAAAAGAGAAUUUAAACUACUAUGUAGUGGUUUUUUUUUU